AUGUCUUCCAAACGCGAGAAUUCAUCCUCUGAUUCCUCCGAUCCAUCAGAUACCUCCGCGUCCACAGCUACAACCGUUUCCUGUGCAGAUCCUUCAGACAAGUCGUCAUUUCCUAGCACACUUGACACCAUACUCGAGAAUACAGUACCACUCGGACCAAAUCAUCUGUUUUGGUCCCCAGAGGAUCGUACUAGCGAAAAAGGGUGUCUCGAUCGUCACAAGAGGAAAAGACGGUUGAAGAAAAGUAUCAAGCUGAGCGCUGAACAACUUCGCGAUGUGCUCGAUUUCAUAGCCGAUAAUCAAAAUGAGGGAGGCCGCGUGCAGUGGACCGAUAAGAUCCUCUUCCAAUAUGUUCCAAAAGUCUUUGAGGGCGCCGUCGUGCCCUACAAGACUGCCGUCGAUGUUUUGUAUGAUGCUGUCGGCAAAUCCUUUUUUCGAAUUUUCCCUUCUGUCUAUGAGCAAGCCUUUACUUUCCCCGGCAACCCGAAACGCCUCGUUUAUGAGCUCUUCUGGGAUGGUGCUGAACCGGUCGUACCCGAGGUACUACGGAAUACACCAACAUUUUUAUUGAUUGAGCGGGAACCCCUAAAAAUCCACCUACAAGCAGUGCAAUCAGGGUCGGAAAUUACAUCCCGUGAGUCGUUCUCUCUAAGGCUUGACGCUUGUGAAUCCAAAGGCACAUUGGGUUUUAUAGUCACCGUGGAAAAUCUUAAUUCUGGCCCUACACGACACGUUCUCGCGACAGCGGGCCAUGUCGUCAAGGAUGCAUCGUCGAUUUUUGUACACGAUAACGCUGACCAAGGACGCUAUCGCCUGCAGGUCGUCCCUGAGUUCGAAAGAACCCUAGGAACGCCGUCGUUUAGGAUUUCCAGGACGCCCACUCAUGGAAUCAUAUCCGCAGAUGAAAUAUGUCUACUCGAAACUACGAAAAUCCCACUGAACGUAUUAUCCUUGAUAUAUAUACCCGUGGGCGUGGUGGUGUGGCUCGGCCCACAGCGGGCGUGGCCACCCAAUCCACCACCUAUAUACUGCAACCGCCAACCGCAGCAUAGUGGAGAACCACACUCGCAUGAGAAUCCUUUCGCUGAGGACGGUGACUCCGGUAGUUUGGUGUUUGCAAAACAAGGGGCAACGAUUAUCCCCAAGGCGUGGGACAAGUUGUUUAGCUCUCAAAGGCGUCAUUCGGCGUGA